CAGCGGCCAGCGGCCCUAGCGGACGGCAAUUGAGCCUCUUCCGGCCGCCUCAUCCAACCUUGUCCAUCCCGUCUCUUUCUGCGCUUUCGCUGACAUUGCCUUGGAGGACCAGAGAGAAUAGAGACAGAGACAAAGGCAGACAUCCUGAUCCUAAUAUCAUUCUUCUCCGGUGGAGAGAGUAUAAGACUCCCGAACGAGACGUUGUUCUAGAAUCAGUCAACACGUCGUACGGCGGGCGGUGUGCCAGCAGAAGGAGAGCCUCUGCUUCUUUGAUUGGACCAUUAUUCUUUGGCGCUUCUUGGGGGCAUCACUUAGGGCUCCUUCCUGAGCCUCGCAGGGUAUAUAGAGCGGCCACACCUGCCUGGAAUUCCCAUCGCCCUCUGUGUCCCUCACACUCUUUUCUGUCGUCACAUACCACCGCCUGUCCGCUACUAGUACCGUUAGCAAUCCGUCAACAAUAGAAUUGUGAUGCUGUCCUUCCACAUCAUUCCUUUUGUGGCCCUCGCCUUCUCGCUUCAGGCGGCCCUCGUACAGUCAGCUGCGACCUGGCUUGGUUGUAUAAACUCGGCCGGGGCUGCUGGCACUGGCUACAACUUAGCCACGUCUGCUGCUUGCAUCGCGCAAUGCUCAGGCUCCACCUACGCCCUUUUCAUCGCCAAGGCCGUCUCAAUCCCGACUACCAACUGCUACUGCACCUCCAGCGACAUAUCUGCCAUCUACUACCUGUCCUUGAGCACGACUGCAACCACCUGUGCCUCUAUCACACAAGCUGCCGUCUAUCGCACCGACACCACCUUCACGUAUCAAGGUUGCGCUGCUGGGGCCGCCUUGAACAUUCUUGGGGCCACGGCCACUGCGGUCUCAGCCCCCGCGCAAUGCCUGUCUCUCUGUGCCUCCUACCGCAACGCAUUCUUCACUCCUCUUGGUGUGACCUACCAGUGUGUCUGUGGAGACCCGACGCUCAGCAUCUCCUUUGUGGCGUGUGCGAGCGGGCUAUACUAUGUCUACACCCACCCGGCUGAUGCGGCCGCCAGUGGGCUGGCCAGAAGGAAGAGGCAUCUCGAGGUAGAGGAGAGGAUGAAGAGGUCACAGAUGAUCAGGGAACGAGGUUGGGACUGUCCGAAGGGUAUGCAAGCGUGUAACGUCAAGGGUGCUGCAGACACCUGGGAGUGCAUCGACCCCAAGUCAGACCUCGAGACCUGCGGCGGUUGUGCCUACGGCGACUACAUCAAAGGUCUCAACAACACCCCCUCUAGCGGCAUGGACUGCAGCACCCUCCCCGGCGUCUAUCGAGGUUCUGUUACUUGCUCUGACGGCAGAUGCGAGGCAUACGCUUGCAAGCGGGGCUGGACUCUUGAGGGCGGUAUCUGUGUGAAGAGCCUGACCGUGCAGCUGUAGACCCGUUGACAAAGUAUGUUUCGAAAGGACAUUUGGGUUUGAGUAUUAUAGUUACCGGGGAGAACCCCAUGCUGCUUCUCUAGCCUUAUAGUGAGCCACGCGCGUUAAAUAUAUUGAGAUUCGACUGUCGAUAGAUGGGGGAGAACAAUGCAGU